CCCGAGGUGGGCCCCGCCUGUCAGUGUCUCAUCCAAGGAUGCAACACGGAGGCGAAGCGCUCGAUUAAUCUCCCCGGCGACGCGAUGCUUCUCGUCGGGAAAGCAUAUUCCAGCUCCACCCAUUCCUCGCUCCACCGCUCGCCGCCUCCGUCUCACCGGCCGAGUUCCCGUCUCCGGCUUCGGCUCCGGCACGACCGCGCGGCCCGAAUGGACCCUGCCGACCAGUCGCCAGAGGAGGUGUGCUCCGUCUGGGCGCUCCCGCCCGAGCACGUCCGCGACCGGCUCCGCGGCGUCAUGGCCGGCCUCCGCGCCGCGCACGGCGGCCCGGCGUUCGAGCCGCACGCCACCGUCGUCGGCGCCAUCCGCCUCCGCCGCUCCGCCGCUAUCGAGGCGCUCCGCGCCGCGGCCGCCGGUGUCCGGCCCUACACUGCCCGCGUGGCCGGCGUCGCCCGCGGCGACUUCUUCUACCAGUGCGUGUACCUCCUCCUCGAGCCCACCCCCGAGGUGGUGGAAGCGAGCGAUCACUGCUGUGACCACUUUGGGUACCAGAGAUCAACCCCGUAUAUGCCACACGUCAGCCUCUUAUAUGGAGACCUGACAGAUGAGGAGAAGGAGGUAGCAAGGAAGAAGGUAGAGGAGAUAGACAAGGAGAUCUGUGGACUGCAGUUUGAGAUCUCCGAGCUGGCACUGUAUAGGACGGAUACCGAAGACAAAAGCUUGGAGUCAUGGGAAUUGGUGGAGAUCUGCCACCUUGAGAAGAAGUGAUUAGUCUCCUCCGACCGGUGCUUCUCCUUUCAAGUUAAGUUUGAGGUGAGUUCAUUCAAUAAAGCUUGUUGAAAUGCAAAACAUAUGCCUAAAAAUUUAAGUUUGAGAGUUUCUACUGUAAAAGCUACAUAUAUAUCAUGGGUUCUUCCCAGUUAUUAUUUGUCUUAUUGAUUAUCUAAUGUACUGAUAAGCGAUAACUGAGCUGUAUCAGAACAUGCUCUGAUCAACUCUUAAUAUGUAGGCCACAUGGCCUGCAUUGCCAUCGCACUAGAGUUGCAUUCUAAGUAUAUAAUGCUGCAUAUAGAGGUAGUACAGUGCGCUCUGUAUAUAUAGUGCACACUAUUUGUGAUGGUUAUAUUUGAUAGUACUUCGCUUAAGGACCUUGAGGUGCA